GAAAAAACCAGAUAAAUUACAGCUAAUUUUGCUUAAUUGUAACCCAAUACGUGUGCCCACUUCUUCAAAUCCUCAAAAGAAAGUACCAAGCCACGAAUUGCCCACGCUUUUUCCCAUAGCUUCAACUUCACUUCCCUCUUAUAAAAAUCCAACAAUGAAAACCCCAAUUCAAAUCACAUUAAACAACCCUAAGCUCUCCAAACAUUUUAUCAGAACCCCCCAAAAAAGAAAAACAAAAAAACCAUAUUAUAAACUUUUCGCCACAUUUCAACAUCCGUACAAAAAAAAAAACACAUACUAUACCCAUAUAUAUGCUGCAUGGCCAGCAAUUACAAUCCUUCUAACGUGCCCCAAAAUCCAAAUGACCCGCCAAGUCCUACUUCCGAUGCCACGUCACCGGGACCCAUACAAUCUCCGGGUGGGUCUUCGGGUCAACCCGUGCUGUCUGGGAGGCACUCGAUGUAUCGGGGGAUUCGGAAGCGGAGCGGCAAAUGGGUAUCCGAGAUUCGCGAGCCACGUAAAACGACGCGCAUUUGGCUGGGGACGUACCCAACGCCGGAGAUGGCGGCGGCGGCGUACGACGCGGCGGCGCUGGCUUUGAAGGGGUACGACACGCCCUUGAAUUUCCCCAAUUCGAGGCCGAGGUACCCGAUACCGGCUUCCGCUUCGGCGAGCGACAUACGUGCCGCUGCGGCGAGCGCGGCGGAGGCGGCGAGGGUGCGGACCGAGUCGGAGAGCAGUAGUCGAGGAGCGCAGGAACAGGAGACGAGUGUGGAAACGACGAGUCGCGUAGAAGAGGAGUAUGUCGAUGAGGAAGAGCUACUGAACAUGCCGAAUUUGCUGGUGGACAUGGCGGGAGGAAUGCUGGUGAGUCCGCCGAGGAUCGAGUCGAAAUCGUCGUCGGAUGAGUCUGAUGGAGGUGGAGAUAAUUUAUGGAGUUACACAUAAAUUAAAUAAAAAUCCUACAUGAUGUGUGGUGCUGUUUUUUUUUUAAAUGCCGUGGAAUCUCAUCAAGGUAGGGUCCUUUUAGUUUGAGCAUCCGACUAAACCUCGGAUGUACGAACCUUUGUCAAAACAAUGUACGGUUAAUUUGUAUUGGCUUUUUAGUUUUGCCUUAUUUCUUUUUCUCUCUCUUUUUUUUUUUUUUUUGAAUUAGCUAUUAGAUAAGCUUCUCCAUGCUGGGUUUUGUGCUACUGAAGCGUGUCUGUAGCUAGGCAGGUUGGUAGAAGAAUUAAGGUGCUUGAUUUUGCAGUAAGUUUUGCUGCUGCUAUUAUGGCUGGUUGUUGUUGUGGUAUAUAUAUGUGUUAAUGUUAUGUAGUAAUGCUGGAGAGUGUUUCGGUAAAGUCUGAAGAGACUUCUGAGUACUUUUGCAAUGUGUUAUUACUAUUAUUGGGAACUU